AUGAACGCAGAUACGUGCGUUUCAUACUGCGAUAUGACAUCCAUGGAUUCAUAUUAUAGCCCGUCCACGGCGCAAGGUAGGGAUCAGCAGGCCAAUCCUUUCAGGACAUUCCAGCCAAGUGACAACAAAUACAGCCCCGCUUUCCUCCCCAGCAAAGGUCAAGCUUACGGGGAGAAGUCGCGGAGUCCUUUCCAACAGGAGUGCCAGUCAUUGGAUGCGCCGGGUGGGGAAGGCACCUUUAACAAAUACCACCUCUUCAUGCAGAGACCUACUUGCAAAACACCCCCGGAAGGCAACAAACUCCACCAGGACAGCGGGCACAACGGCGCACUCAUCUCCUGCUAUGGUAUGGUUCCAGAACCGCCGGGCAAAUGGAGAAAGCGAGAGCGCUUUGGCCAGAUGCAGCAGGUCCGCACUCACUUCUCCUCUGCCUACGAGCUGCCUCUACUCACCCGACCAGAGAACUAUGCACAGAUCCAGAAUCCGUCAUGGAUAGGAGGCAGCAGUGGUGCGUCUCCAGUGCCCGGCUGCGUGGUGCCCUGUGACAGCGUGGCGCCCUGCAUGACCCCCCACCCGCACCCUGGCAGCGGCGUGAGCGACUUCCUGGGCGUGCCCAACCCAGGGGGCCACAUGGGACAGACGCACAUGGGCAGCCUGUUCGGGGGUCCUGGCAUGGGCGGAGCCAUCAAUGGCUACGACCUCAACGUGGACCCCGAUCGCAAGUCGUCCAGCAUCGCCACGCUGCGAAUGAAGGCCAAGGAGCACAGCGCGGCCAUCUCCUGGGCCACAUGAUGCCCUGGACUGGGACAAACACACACAGACACCCCCUCACCCUACCCCCCAGCCCUCCGACUGUCAACAGAGCUUCCUCUUUAUGCCCAGCUCCAUGGAUUUUCAGUUGAAAUAUAAUCGCAAGCCAGACUAUAGAGAGAGAGAACGGCAGUAAUUACAGGAGGAUUACGUUAAGAAUGUUUAUAGAAAGAGAGAGGGAGAUGAAA